AUGUCUGAUGGCAGCAGCCUGAGGGGGCACAUUGAUCGGGCACAAAGAGAAAUGGCAAACACUGGAUUCAGUCAGAGGAUCAGCUGGUUCCUGCUGGGGCAGGAGCGCCCGGUGCACGGCUGGGUGCUGCUGCUGUGCUACAAGAGCUGCUGGGACGGCGCCUUCCAGGCCACCGAGGAGCUCGGCACAGCCCUGCAGCUUAGACUGGAGGGGAGGGAGGAGGAGGAGGUGGACUCAGACUCUGCAUGGGAGCCUGGACAGACAGGGCAGCGGCGUGGCGAGGGCAGCGAGGCCGUGCUGGGGAGGCUGGAGGCUCUGGAGGCCGAUGUUCGCUUCCUCUGCACCGAGCUGGGGGCUGAGAAGCUUCUGUGGAGCAGCCGGUUCCUGGAGCUGCUGCGGGAGCAGCAGAGCCUGCGCCAAAGGCUGCAGGAGCUGCCAUGGCAGUGGAACAGUGGUGACAGCCCUGACCUGCUAGGGGAAGCAGAGGACCAAAGUGCCAGUGGGAGUGAGGGAGAGAGCCCAGAAGGUAGGGGCUGGAAACUGCUGGGGAUGGGGCAAUGUGCUGACCUCUGCCACUGGGCAUGGCCACCAGCUCACACCUGGGCACUGGGUGGUGAUGGGCAGCCUGGGAGGUGCUGGGAAAAGCUCCCAGUUUUCUGCAUCUAUUCCCACCAGGAGCCUGGCUGGAUGCUCCCAGUGGUGUCCCCUGUCCCUCCUUUCCUCUUUUCCAGGAUGCCAGUGGAUGGAGGCACCUCGGCAGCCACGUGGCUCCAUCCAGCCUGACAGGCAGAAAAAGUAAGUGAAGGUGUGAGCAGGACCUCAGGAAAUCAGGAAGGAUCCACACAUUCCACCUGCCCAGGCCCUGCAGGACACAGGCCAGGCUGCUGCAGUCCCAGCUGUAUCCCUCCCUCCCUUGGUGCUGGCUGGGCCUGGCCCAAUCCAGCAGACCUGCAGCCAUUUCCCAGGAGCAGGAACCAGCUGGAGGCAGGUCAGGACAAGCCCCUGGCCCUGGGUUUGCCCCAGGACACGUCACAGCCCUCCCUGCCCAGGGCUGCCCCUGGACUGACUGUGCCCCACAGGGCUGGCUCUGGUGAAGCCCACUGAGCCCUCCUGCUCUGCUGCUUGUUGGGAGGUUCCAGGAACAAGGAGUCUGGUCAGCACUGGGGUGACAGAUUGCAAAACUCACCCGCUGACUUCCUGCUUGGCCACAUCCAUCCUCUCCAUGAGCUGCUCCUGCACAUGUCGCAACCCUGGGCCAGCUCCUUGAGACAGUGGGCAAGGGCACCCAGCUCCCCAGGCACGGCUGAGCCCCCCUGGCUGCCCACAACACCUGGGCACGGAGCAGCAGCCCCACAGGAGCUGGGCUGAGGGGCUGCCCCGUGCC